AUGUCUGAGGCAAUAGAUUUUGCCCAGGUAGUUGAUUGCAUUAAUACAUUAUAUAAGUCAACUGAUCCUGAACAGAUAAGGUUUCUUCAAAAAAAGCUCCAAGAAGUACAAAAAUCGCAAGAUGGAUAUAACUUGGCAAAGCUGCUUUUUGGAGUAGACUCCAGGGAUUGUCGGUUUUUUGGUGCAUUGACUUUUGCUGUGGUUAUAAGGAAAGAGAAAGCUCUCGAUGAUCAAAGAUUGCAGGCAACUAUCAGAGAUUUUCUGGACAUAACUAUCAAAUUAAUACGUGAACAAUCUGAAACCAAUACAAUAUUAAUUAGAAAGAUGCUAAGCAAUUUAUCGCAAUUGUUCAUCUAUAAUUAUGACCGAUUUAGUCCUAUUCGAACCCUAUUUUCACAUCUUGCUGGUGGCUCUGAGUUUGUCUCAUUUGUUCAUGGUUUGGACGAACAUCAGCUCAUGCUAUUGAUAAACUUUCAUACUAUUGUACUCGAAGAUGCCACUAAGUUAGAGGUCUCUGCUGGUAUCCAUAAGGUAAUUCAGAACAGUAUUGUAAGCGAUGCUUACUUAAUAUUCCAACAUUUGAAUGAAAUUGAAUAUGAUAUCCCUUUAGAACUUCACUUAGCUAGUUUAGACUAUUUAAACUCAUGGGUAGUAUACGUCUCGGUAGCAGAGUCGGCAUCUGAAGUGCGGUAUGAGGGAGAGAGUAUCAACCCUUUGUUAAACUAUCUUUUUCUGAAGUACGGAUUACUAGAUCCUUCAUGCAUUUCCGACGCUACCAUGAAAGUUUUAUCCAAAACUAUGUCAGUGACGACGGAGAUUUUGGAUGUCAAUCCAGGUCAAUUGAACAGCAAAUAUAAGGAAGAACUUCAGCAUCUAUUAUUUAAAUCCUUUGGCAUUGACUUCAUUAACUUUAUAAUUUUUAAUGAUGAAUUGAGAGAAGAAUAUUCUGAAGAUAUUGAGUGCUUUACUAAUUUAAUUAUAAGCUACUUGACUUUAAAUAUGUUGAAGCUUUCGCGUCACAUUAUGGAUCACGAUGUUCAAGAAAUGAUAGAUGUUUUGCUUCGGCUAUCGGACUACCCUGGAGUUCCUGUUGUUGACGAGUCAAUCAGCGAGCACUUCUUAACUUUCUGGGAGGAGUUAGCAAGUAAUUAUAGUGAUAAUUGGCAAUACUUUGAAACGACUCUACACGACGAUAAAGAGAGGUUCAUCAUAAUUAGGAAUGAAAUUCUAGCAAGAGUGGGUGUGAUAUAUUGGAAAAAAAUCCAGCUUCCACCUCUUGAUGUUUUCGAGUGUAACAAGGUUGAAUUUCAACACUUUAGAACACAGGUGGCAGACUUUUUUCUUGUACUAUAUUCUUUAUUAAAUUUGCCACUUUACGGCAGCUUAACGGACAAAAUCAUCAAUAAUAUCAAAGAGAUUCAACUAGAUGACUUCGAAAUUCUAGAGUUAGAAAGCUCGUUGUAUUUAUUGUACAAAAUUACAGACGACUUGACAUUUUACAAUGAGUCUGCAUCUGUUAAGUUAGACCCACUAGUUAUGGGUUUAUUUUCCAGUAAUUUAAUUGAAGUCGUGAAAAUGCACCCUAUUGGUGGGAUAUAUUUAUACGUUUACUCAACGCUAAUAAAUUUCUUAUCUUCAAUCCAGAAUUUUUUCAAAAGGCAUAAUGAACAUGUUGGUCCCACGUUUGAUUUUCUAUUUUCUAUUGUUUUAAAGAAGGAACUGAUCCCUACUUUAUCUUUAGGUGCAUCGAAGACAAUCCUUAAGAUUUGUCAAGAGUCAAGAGAAAGUUUAGUAAGCUUUCUCCCAAACCUUGAAAUUCUAGUAAUAGAGAUGUUGAAAGAUUUCAAGAUUGAUAGCUUAGUGAGACAAAGAAUGUGUAAUGCUUAUAUUUCCAUAGCGCAGUGUUUAAGAGAUCCCUUGAAAAUUGGAGAAAUCAUACUUCGUCUCCUUAAUGAAAUUACAACAACUAUUAGCACAUUUUUUAAACUCGUGUUUAAUGAUGAAGUUGAGGAUUACUUGAUUAGUCUUUUGUCAUGUGUGUGUGAGAUAGGAAAGGCGUGCCGCCUUCCUGAUGAAGUGGACGAAUUUUUCACUUCAGAACAGAUAAACAUGGCUACCUCGUAUUGGGAACAAGAUCCUUUAAAUAUUAAAGAAUCUGUAAUCGCUUUAAUAAGCGAAUUCUCAUUGACAUUCGAACCACUCAUCGAGAGUACUUCUGUAACGGAGAAAUGUUGUCUAAUAUUAAAAUGCGGUAUCAAUGAACCAAUCAAAGGACCCUUUCAAUUUUCCUUUGAUACAAUCUUCAGUUAUCUAGCAUUCAAAACCGAUAAGUGCAAUUUAAAUUCUGUUCCUUACUUGUAUUCGUUACUCGAAACGGUCAUUAUAACUAAUGGUCGAGAGCUAAACGCACACUCUGUCGGUGAUCUUCUAGAUAAAAUAGUCGUACAAAAGUUAGAGAUCUUUAAGACUGACCCUGAUAUUGUACAAAGCCUAAUAGAGCUUUUCGCUACAUUUUUGGAAAAACGACCUUCCUUAGUUAUCUAUCUGGGAAUUUUCAGCGAUAUUAUAAUAAACUUUGCAUUAAGCACUUUAUCCUCAAAUGAAUCUCUUGUCAUUAAGUCCUCAUCAAAGUUUUGGGUGAAUCUAUUAAAUUUAAAACGUGGAACCUUUGAAGAUCAAAAUUUUAUAAAGGAAUUGUUGAUCAACAAAGCCUUAGGAUUAUUCUUGACUGAUAAAUUGUUAUCGUCUUUCUUGAAGUCAUCUCGAUCACAUUUAGACUACUAUUAUCCUAUUUUUCGGAAUAUGAUUGCGAGGUAUACGCUUAAUUCUAAGGAUUGGCUCAAGAGGGCCUUUAUUUCAAGUCAUGUAAAUAAUUUUACAAAUGAAAAGGAUAUUGAGUUUACCAUCAAUAAAAUCAUGGCAACAAGAGGACAAAGAGUUGUGUCAAAUAUCUUGAAAGACCUUUGGCUCAAAUCCAAUGGUUUUAUAGAAUUCGGAAGUAAAAAGUAUUAA